AUGCGGCCCGGUGAGAGCUCAGAGGGCUCGCGCUCACCUCGCCGCGGAGGAUGCGUCGGAGCCCGCACUAGCGGCACGGAACGCCGUCUGAUGGAAGGAGGAGGAGGAGGAGGAGGAGGAAGUGUCGGAGGACGACAAGGGAUGACCGAAGGAGGGAUGACUGCGCGCCGUCUCCUGUGGAUCGUCGUCCUCGGCUCGCUCUGCACGCACGCGCAAGGUUUUAUCUACACUUGCGGCGGCACCCUCAAGGGGCGAAACGGCAGCGUGGAGUCACCGGGGUUCCCCUACGGCUACCCUAACGGGGCCAACUGCACUUGGGUCAUUAUCGGCGAAGAAGGCAGUCGCAUCCAACUCCUCUUCUUAUCCUUUGCGAUCGAAGAGGAGUACGACUUUUUGUCAUUGUACGAUGGCCACCCGCAUCCGGCCAAUUUCAGGACCAGGUUAACCGGGUUCCAGGUGCCUCCUCCGGUCACUAGCACCGGGAACGUCUUCUCUUUGAGGCUGACGAGCGACUUUGCCGUCUCCGCACACGGCUUCAAGCUCAUCUACGAAGAGCUGCACAGUACAUCCUGCGGGAACCCCGGCGUCCCGCCCAAAGCGGUGCUAAGCGGCGGCGGGCGCUUUGCCGUGGGGGACAGCGUGCGCUACGCUUGCGUGUCCGGCUACGUCCUGGACGGCCACGCCACGCUCACCUGUGUGCUCAAUGCCGGGAACACUGCCGUGUGGGACUUCCCCGCGCCCAUAUGUCGAGCUGAGGACACAUGUGGGGGCACUGUGCGGGGCGGCAGUGGGGUGGUGACCAGUCCCGGUUACCCCGGCAACUAUGGUAACCAGGCCGACUGUACUUGGAUCCUAUUGGCCGAACCCGGAGACACCAUCUCUGUCGUCUUUACAGACUUCCACACUGAGGAGAAAUAUGACUACCUGGAGGUGGAGGGAUCAGAGCCCCCAACCAUCUGGUUGUCAGGCAGCAAUGUACCGUCACCUGUCAUAAGCAACAAAAACUGGCUCCGCUUGCAUUUUGUUACGGACAACAAUCACCGGUACCGUGGUUUCAGCGCACACUAUCAAGUAAAUGAAGGUGGUGUGCGCCAGGCGUCAAACUCUUGCCCUGACCCUGGAGAACCUGAAAAUGGUAAACGCCAUGGCAACGACUUCAGCAUCAGCAGCCUGGUCCAAUUCACCUGUGACGAAGACUAUGUCCUCCAAGGCAGCAAAAGCAUCAGCUGCCAGCGAGUGGCCGAGGUCUUUGCAGCUUGGAGUGACCACAGGCCCGUCUGCAAAGUCAAGACGUGCGGCAGUAACCUUCAGGGACCCUCGGGGACCUUCACCUCGCCCAACUUCCCCAUUCAGUACGAGAGCAACGCCCAGUGCGUUUGGAUCAUCACGGCAUCCAAUCCCAAUAAAGUGAUCCAGAUUAACUUUGAGGAGUUCGACUUGGAGAUCGCUUACGACACGCUGACCAUCGGAGACGGCGGGGAGGUGGGGGAUCCGACCACCAUCCUUCAGGUCCUGUCGGGCAGCUUCGUCCCCGACCUGAUCGUUAGCAUGACCCACCAGAUGUGGCUCCACUUGCAGUCGGACGAGAGCGUGGGCUCCAUCGGCUUUAAGAUCAACUACAAAGAAAUAGACAAGGAAAGCUGCGGCGAUCCCGGGACGCCCCUUUAUGGAAUAAGGGAGGGCGACAGCUUCCUGAAUGGCGGCCUCCUGCGCUUCGAGUGCCAGUUUGGGUUUGAGCUGAUCGGGGAGAGAAGCAUCUCCUGCCAGGACAACAACCAGUGGUCGGCAAACAUUCCCAUAUGCAUUUUCCCCUGCAUGUCCAACUUCACGGCGCCUUCCGGAACCGUCCUCUCGCCCGACUAUCCGGAAGGCUACGGCAACAACAUGAACUGCGUCUGGCUCAUCCAGUCGGAACCGGGCUCGCGCAUCCACUUGGCGUUCAACGACUUUGACCUGGAGGCGCCCUACGACGCGCUCACGGUGAAAGACGGCGAGACGGGCGACACCGCCGUCGUCGGCAGGUUCUCGGGCGCCGAGAGUCCCUCUCACCUGACGUCCAACACCAACACGCUGAGGCUGGAGUUCCAAGCGGACCACUCCAUGUCGGGGAGAGGCUUCAACAUCACCUAUAGCACGUUUGGCCACAACGAGUGCCCGGACCCUGGCAUUCCAAUCAAUGCCCGCCGCUUCGGAGACAGCUUCCAGCUGGGCAGCUCCAUUUCUGUGGUGUGCGAGGAUGGCUUUAUCAAAACCCAAGGAACCGAGACCAUCUCCUGCCAGCUGGAGAGAGGAAAGGUCAUGUGGAGCGGGCCCAUCCCCAAAUGCGAAGCUCCAUGCGGUGGACAUUAUUCAGCCCCCAACGGAGUGAUUCUGUCCCCGGGGUGGCCCGGUUAUUACAAGGAUUCCCUCAGUUGCGAAUGGGUGAUUGAAUCCGAACCCGGGCGAUCGAUCAAAAUCACCUUUGACAAAUUCCAGACAGAACUGGGUUACGACUUCCUGGAGAUCCACGACGGCCCCAAUCUCCUUUCUCCGCUGGUGGGCUCCUUCAACGGCACCCAGGUUCCGCAGUUCCUCUUUAGCACCACCAACUUCCUCUACCUGCUCUUCACCACCGACAACAGCCGCUCCAAUGCUGGCUUCAAGAUAUUAUAUGAGAGUGUCACGGUGGACAGCUACUCGUGCCUGGACCCCGGGAUUCCCCUCAACGGGAUCCGCUACGGUCAGGACUUCUCCAUCGGGUCCACGGUGUCGUUCGGUUGCGAUUCGGGCUACAGGCUGAGCCACGAGGAGCCGCUUGUGUGCGAGAAGAACCACUGGUGGAGCCACGCUUUACCAACUUGCGACGCUCUGUGCGGCGGUGACGUCCGAGGCCCCUGGGGCACCAUCCUGAGUCCCGGCUAUCCGGACAGCUACCCGUCCUCCCUCAACUGCACCUGGACUGUGGAAGUCAGCCACGGCAAAGGCGUCCAGUUUCAGUUCAACUCCUUCCACCUGGAGGACCAGCACGACUACCUGCUGGUCACGGAGAACGGGAGUUUCCUCCAGCCCCUGGCCCGCCUGACCGGCAACGAGUUGCCUGGCAACAUCAACGCCGGUCUCUAUGGCAACUUUAAAGCCCAAUUACGAUUCAUCUCCGACUUUUCCAUUUCCUACGAGGGCUUCAACAUAACGUUUACGGAGUACACCCUGGAGCCAUGCGAGGAUCCCGGGAUGCCGCGCUUCGGUCGGAGAAACGGUUACAGCUUCGGCAUCGGAGACACACUGUCGUUCUCCUGCAAUAUGGGCUACCGCCUGGAGGGGGCGCCUGAGCUGAUCUGCCUGGGCGGCGGCCGAAGAAUGUGGAGCGGCCCGCUACCGAGAUGCGUCGCCGAGUGCGGCUCCUCCGUCAUGAACAACGAAGGAAUCCUGCUCUCGCCCAACUACCCGAUGAACUACGACAACAACCACGAGUGCAUCUACAGCAUCCAGGUUCAGGCUGGGAAAGGCAUCAACAUUUCUGCCCGGACAUUUCACCUGGCCCAGGGGGACAUACUCAAAAUUCACGACGGCAAGGACAACACAGCCCACGUCCUGGGGGCGUUCACCGGCACGUCCAUGCUGGGCCUGACGCUCAUCUCCACCUCCAACCACCUGUGGCUGGAGUUUUACAGUGACCCCGAAGCCACUGGGGAGGGGUUCAAACUGGUCUACUCCAGUUUUGAGUUGUCUCACUGCGAGGACCCCGGCGUGCCGCAGUUUGGCUUCAAGGUCAACGACCAAGGGCAUUUCUCCGGCAGCAGCAUCACGUACCGAUGUGAACCCGGUUACACCCUGCACGGGGCCACCGUGCUCAAGUGCAUGACGGGCGAGAGGAGAGCCUGGGAUAACCCACUUCCUUCCUGUAUCGCCGAGUGCGGCGGACGUUUCAAAGGCGAGUCGACGGGAAGGAUCCUUUCUCCCGGUUAUCCGUUUCCUUAUGACAACAACCUGCGGUGCACCUGGACCAUUGAGGUGGACUCUGGAAACAUUGUCAGCCUUCAGUUCCUGGCGUUUGACACCGAGGCCAGCCACGACAUGUUACGGGUUUGGGACGGACCUCCCACCAAUGAAAUGUCUCUGGCGGAACUUAGCGGGUCACUGUUGCCCGAGGGCAUCCACUCCACGCUCAACAUUGUCACUGUUCAGUUUGAGACUGACUUUUACAUCAGCAAGUCGGGAUUUGCCAUUCAGUUUUCCAGCUCGGUGGCAACCGCCUGCAGGGACCCGGGCGUGCCGAUGAAUGGCACCCGCAUCGGCGACGGCCGGGAGCCGGGGGAUUCGGUGUCCUUUCAGUGCGAUCCGGGAUACGAACUCCAAGGGGAUGACAAAAUCACCUGCAUACAAGUGGACAACAGAUACUACUGGCAGCCCAGUCCACCUGUCUGCAUCGCUCCCUGCGGAGGCAACCUGACCGGCUCCAGCGGCUUUAUCCUGUCCCCAAACUUUCCUCAUCCUUACCCGCACUCCAAGGACUGCGACUGGCUCAUCGCCGUCAAUCCCGAUUACGUCCUGUCGCUGGCUUUCAUCAGUUUCAACAUUGAGCCAAACUACGACUUCCUGUACAUCUACGACGGGCCGGACAGCAACAGCCCAUUGAUCGGCAGCUUCCAAGACAGCAAACUGCCCGAGCGAAUCGAGAGCAGCUCCAAUACCAUGCACUUGGCCUUUCGAAGCGACGGCUCCGUGUCCUAUGCCGGCUUUCACCUGGAGUACAAAGCCAAGUUGAGAGAGUCCUGCUUUGACCCGGGAGUGGUGCUGAAUGGGACCAGACUGGGAUCGGACUAUAAACUGGGUUCGACCGUAACCUUCUACUGUGAAGCUGGAUAUGUUCUGCAGGGUUACUCAACUCUAACAUGCAGCAUGGGAGACGACGGCAGGCCCGGAUGGAACAGAGCCUUACCGAGUUGUCAGGCUCCCUGCGGAAGUCGCUCCACGGGAUCAGAGGGAACCGUUUUGUCUCCAAACUUCCCUCGCAACUACACCACCGGGCAAACCUGCGUCUACUCCAUAGCUGUGCCACGUGAAUUCGUCCUCUUUGGUCAGUUUGUGCUUUUCCAGACAUCUCUAAACGAUGUGGUGGAGAUCUAUGACGGGCCUACUCAGCAGAGCACGCUGCUGUCAUCUCUCUCCGGGUCCCACUCGGGAGAGUCGCUGCCGCUGAGUUCGGGCAAUCAGAUCACCGUUAAGUUUACGACCGUGGGGCCGGAAACGGCGAAAGGCUUCCACUUUGUCUACCAAGCCGUGCCCCGGACCAGCGCCACGCAGUGCAGCUCGGUCCCAGAGCCACGGUUUGGACACCGCUUGGGCAACGACUUUGCGGUGGGCUCCCUGGUCCAGUUUGAGUGCAACCCCGGCUACGUCCUGCACGGCUCCACCGGCAUCCGCUGCGAGAGCGUGCCCGAUAACUUGGCACAGUGGAACGACAGUCUGCCAACUUGUAUCGUUCCCUGCGGGGGUGCGUUGAGUUCCCGUCACGGCACCAUCCUUUCGCCCGGCUACCCGGAACCUUACGACAACAACCAGAACUGCGUGUGGAAGGUGUCGGUCCCCGAAGGCGCCGGAAUCCAAGUUCAGGUUGUGAGUUUCGCAACGGAGCACAACUGGGACUCUUUGGAUUUCUACGACGGCGCCGACAACCAUGCGCCGAGGCUGGGAAGUUACUCUGGCACCACCAUCCCGCCACUGCUUAACAGCACAUCCAACAACCUCUACCUCAGCUUCAGCUCCGACAUCAGCGUCUCUGCCGCCGGCUUUCACCUGGAAUAUACAGCUAUCGGUCUGGAAUCGUGUCCCGAGCCCCAGACUCCAAACUACGGAAAAAGACAAGGGGACCGUUUUAUGGUGGGCGACGUGGUGCAGUUCGCCUGUGAACAAGGAUACUCUCUUCAGGGAAACGCUCACAUCACCUGCAUGCCGGGCCCUGUUCGCCGAUGGAACUACCCCGUGCCUCUUUGUCUCGCUCAAUGCGGAGGGGCACUGACGGACGUGAGCGGCGUGAUCCUCAGCCCCGGUUACCCUGGCAACUACCCCAGUGGAUUAGACUGCACUUGGACCGUCAAUUUACCUGUUGGAUUCGGCAUCCAUCUGCAGUUUGUUAACUUCUCCACUGAAGCCAUCCAUGACUACCUGGAGAUCCGCAGCGGGAGUCUGGAUACGGGCUCGGUCAUCGACCGCUUCAGCGGUCCGCUGGUUCCCAAAGCUCUGUUCAGCACCACGCACCAGACCAGCUUCUUUUUCCACAGCGACUACUCUCAGAACAAGCCGGGCUUCCACGUUACGUUUCAGGCUUACCAGCUCCAGAGUUGCCCGGACCCCCGGCCAUUCCGUAACGGCAUUGUGAUCGGCACCGACUUCAGCGUGGGUAUGACGGUGUCCUUCGAGUGUCUUCCCGGCUACUCCCUCAUCGGGGACGCUUCCCUGACGUGUUUGCAUGGAAUCAGCCGGAACUGGAACCACCCGCUGCCUCGUUGCGAAGCUCUUUGUGGUGGAAACAUCACCUCGCUAAAUGGAACUAUUUACUCUCCCGGUCACCCCGAGGAAUACCCCAACUUCCAGGACUGCGUGUGGAGCGUCAGGGUCCCGCCCGGACACGGGAUCUACAUCAACUUUACAGUCCUGAGCACGGAGCCCGUGUAUGAUUACAUCACCGUGUGGGAUGGUCCGGACCAAUCAUCUCCUCACAUUGGCCAUUUUAGCGGCAACACGGCUCUGGAGUCGGUCUACUCCACCUCCAACAUCAUCCUCAUCAAAUUCCACUCGGACUUCUCCGGAGCCGGGUUCUUUGUUUUGAGCUACCACGCCUACCAAUUAAGGGUCUGCCAGCCCCCUCCGGAGGUGCCCAAUGCUGACAUGCUGAUGGAGGAUGGCGAGUUGGAGAUAGGUGACAUCAUUAGGUACAGGUGCCAUCCUGGAUUCUCAUUGGUCGGCAGCGAUAUUCUCACCUGCCGCUUGGGAGAGCGGCUACAGAUGGAUGCGCCCCCGCCGACGUGCCAAGUUCAAUGCCCCGCCCAUGAUGUGCGAUACGACUCGACGGGUGUGAUCCUGAGUCCCGGUUGGCCCGAGAGCUAUCCCAAUCUGCAGAUGUGCUCGUGGAGCGUCAGCGUGGAGAAGGGCUACAACGUCACCAUCACUUUUGAAAGCUUUCAUACGGAGAGAGAGUUUGACGUGCUGGAAAUUUUUGAUGGUCCGUCCGCCAACGACCCAACGUUGGCCACGCUGAGUGGCGACCUACCAACGCCCUUCAACAUCACCACCUCCGGGCACCAGUUCUUGGUGCGCUGGUCGUCGGACCACGGCACCAACAAGAGGGGCUUCAGAAUCCGCUAUGUUGCUCUGUACUGCUCCACGCCGGACUCGCCGCUGCACGGCUCCAUCUCGUCUCAGACCGGCGGCCACGUCAACAGCGUGGUCCGCUGGGCGUGCGACCGCGGCUACCGGCUAGUCGGCAACGCCACGGCCACCUGCCGCCGCACGCCGCUCGGCUACCACACCUGGGACUCACCGGUGCCGGCUUGCCAAGCUGUCUCGUGCGGAGCCCCCAAGGCGCCGACAAACGGCGGCGUUUUAACAGCCGACUACUCGGUGGGAACGCGAGUCUCCUACUUCUGCAACGACGGCUACAGGCUCUCCAGCAAAGAGCUGACGUCGGCCAUCUGCCAGCCCGACGGGACGUGGAGCAACCACAACAAGAUCCCGCGGUGCUCAGUGGUGGUGUGCCCUAGCAUCGGCUCUUUCUCCCUGGAGCACGGGCGCUGGAGGAUCGUGAACGGCUCGCACUACGAGUACAGGACCCGCAUCGUGUUCACCUGCGACCCGGGCUACUACCGCUUAGGACCCGCUCACAUCCAAUGCCUCCCCAAUGGCGUGUGGAGCUGGAAGAAUGAGAGGCCCCAUUGUCAGAUCAUCUCCUGCGGGGAGCUGCCGGCCCCGCCCAGCGGCAAGAAAAUCGGCACGCAGACGACCUUCGGGGCGACGGCCAUCUUCGCCUGCGACGCCGGCUUCAUGUUGGUGGGCUCGGCCGUCAGGGAGUGCCUGUCGUCCGGUCUUUGGAGCGGAACCGAGUCGCGCUGUUUAGCCGGGCACUGCGGCAUCCCCGAGGGUAUCGUCAACGGUCAAGUGAUCGGGGAGAACUUUGGUUACCGCGACACGGUGGUCUACCAGUGUCUCCCCGGCUUCCGGCUGAUCGGCUCAUCGGUCCGGAUCUGUCUCCAGGACAACCAGUGGUCUGGCCAGCUUCCCAUCUGCAUACCCAUCAGCUGCGGCCACCCGGGCAGCCCUAUCUACGGCCGCACGGUGGGGAACGGCUUCAACCUCAAUGACGUGGUCAGCUUCGUGUGCAACCGGGGCUAUGAGAUGGAGGGGCCGGCCCGCGCCCACUGCCAGGCCAACCGUCAGUGGAGCCACCCGCCCCCAACGUGUAAAGUGGUCAACUGUUCGGACCCCGGCAUCCCGGCCAACUCCAUCCGCCAAAGCAAAAUCGAGCAUGGCAACUUCACCUUCGGCACGGUGGUGUUCUACGACUGCAACCCGGGCUACUAUUUGUUCGGUUCGCCUGUGUUGAGCUGUCAGCCCACCGGGCAGUGGGACAAGCCGCUGCCGGAAUGCAUCGUUGUCGACUGCGGGCACCCCGGCUCCCCCCCAAACGGCGUGCUGAGCGGCGAUAAGUUUACGUUCGCUUCGACGGUUCGAUACUCCUGUCUGGGGGGCAGGCAGCUGAAGGGGGAGUCGUCCAGGAUGUGUCAGCUCAACGGGAUGUGGAGCGCCCCCAUGCCCUUCUGCUCUGGUGACAUAGCUGGCUCCUGCGGCGAUCCGGGCAUCCCGUCCCACGGGUCGAGGGAACAGACGGAUUUCCGUAUCCGCUCCAAGGUGUUCUUCAGCUGCACGGAGGGCUACCAACUGAUGGGCUCGGCCGAGAGGAUGUGCUUCCCCAACGGGACGUGGUCGGGAACGCAGCCCUUCUGCAAACCCAUCCAGUGCGGUAAUCCCGGUACUCCCAGUAACGGCAGAGUGUUUCGACUGGACGGGACCACCUUCUCCCACUCGGUCAUCUACUCCUGCGUGGACGGAUAUCUGCUCUCUGGCGCCACCUCCAGGCUCUGUCUGGCCAAUGGGACUUGGUCAGGAACCCAGCCCAACUGUACCAUGAUUAACUGCGGCGAUCCCGGAGUUCCGGCGAACGGCCUUCGCUACGGCGAAGACUUCACCAUCGGCCAGAACGCGACCUUCCAGUGCCAACCCGGCUACAGGAUGGAGGAGGACGGCUCGCCCGUCAGGAUGUGUACUCAAAACGGGACGUGGAGCGGGAACAUGCCCGUAUGCACAGCGGUGACGUGUCCAACUCCCCCCGCCGUCAGCAACGGGGUCCUGCAGGGUAGCGACUUUGAGUGGGGCAGCAGCGUGAGCUACAGUUGCUCGCCGGGCUACGAACUGUCCUUCCCGGCCGUGCUCACCUGCGUGGCCAACGGGAGCUGGAGCGGGAUGCUGCCGCAGUGUCUGCCCAAGUUUUGCGGCGACCCCGGGACCCCGGCCAGCGGUUCUCGAGAGGGUCGGAGUUUCAUCUACCAAUCAGAAGUGACCUUCUCCUGCUCCCCGCCGCUUCUUCUGGUCGGCACGGCAACCAGGCUCUGCCAAAGUGACGGCAGCUGGAGCGGUACACAGCCUCGCUGUAUCGAGCCGACCAAGACGAGCUGUGACAACCCGGGAACGCCCAGAUACGGAUCCCUCAACCGUACUUUUGGAUUCAAGGUGGGCAGCAUGGUGUCUUUCCAGUGCCAGCCGGGUCACCUGAUCCAAGGCUCCUCCUCCAGAACCUGCCAGCCCGACCUGAGAUGGAGCGGGAUGCAACCAGAGUGUAUACCACACGCGUGCAAGCAGCCCGAGAACGUGCUCCACGUGGACGUGGUGGGCAUGGACCUGGCGGGCUUCGGCUACACGCUGGUGUACAGCUGCCAACCCGGCUACUUCCUCGCCGGGGGUUCCGAGCACCGGGUCUGCAAGAAUGACGGCACCUGGACCGGAAAGAUGCCGAUAUGUCGCGCUGGAGAGAAAAAGAAAACGGUGAAACCAGCAACGGGAACGCCGAGCCCCAAACUCAACGUCCCCGACGACGUUUUCGCUCCCAACUAUAUCUGGAAGGGCUCGUACAAUUACAGGGGCAGGAAGCAGCCCAUGACGCUGAGCAUCACCAGCUUCAACGCCAGCACGGGCAGAGUCAACGUCACCCUGAGCAACGGCAACAUGGAGCUGCUGCUAUCAGGUCUUUAUAAGACCUCCGAAGCCCGUCUGCUGUUGCUGAUGUACCACGUCAACUACGUGCAGCAGGGAAAUCAGCUGAAAGACUCCAGCAUUUCUCCCGCCAAGAUCAUAGAAGACUCGUGGACCAUGGACGGAUUUGUGUCGGCCGAACCCGAGGGGUCCAGUUACGUGUUCCAGGGCUUCAUUCAGGGAAAAGACUACGGACAGUUUGGACUCCAGCGACUUGGACUGAACAUGUCGGAGAGUCAGAAUUCACAUCCGCCUCAGCUGGGCACCAACAGCAGCUCAGUGGCCAUCGCCAUCCUGGUGCCUUUCUUUGCGCUCAUCUUCACAGGAUUCGGCUUCUAUCUUUACAAACAAAGGACCACACCGAAGACCCAGUACACGGGCUGCUCGGUCCACGAGAACAACAACGGGCAGGCCGCCUUCGAGAACCCCAUGUACAACACCAACGCCAAGGCGGUGGAGGGGAAGGCGGUCCGCUUCGACCCUAAUCUCAACACGGUCUGCACCAUGGUCUGAGGAGCUGGAACGGAAAACGCUUUCCAGUAUUCCCACAGGUCUCGGUCGCUCCGUCUGGAAUCUCGCAUUGCGGAGAAUAGCAAAAGUUUCUUAUAACACAGGGGGAAGCAAAAAAAAAAAAAAAAAAAAAACUCAUGAGCAAAAGAAGGGAUGAGGGCAGCCCUGGAGACGGCGCCCUUAAUCCUGAGUGAAUGGCGGAUUAAAGUCAAAAAGGGAGCCCGGGCCCCAGUGGAGCAGAUGAGAGCAGGAGGAAGGAAGGAAGGAUGGCAGGCUGACUCACGGAAUGCUUAAAGCACUUUCUCAUUGCGGUGGACGGAAAGGCCGAGGAGACGCAGACAACCCCCAACUGAACUGCAAGUCGAUUAAGCGAAUCGUCUAGAGAGAAGCAGGGGCGCUUAAGAUCUUCAAAUGCCCUCGUAGCUAAUCAGAGCAAACCUGAAACUCACUGGGAGCUGUUUUCACAACGGGAGCCCGAUUCCAAAUAGACUCCGAUGUGAGGCGGACUAACAAAAAAGACUGAGAGAGAGAGACACUUAAAGCACAUCGGACAGGAAACUCUUCCUGUCUGCCCGGGAGAACUUUGACGUGAUGAGUCUAGGCGGAGAGCGCCGUCGGAACUGAACCCCAAGCGGGCCUUGGCGCCGCGCCCUGUCAAUGUGGGCCGCCGGCGCGGUUCCGCUGUGAUCCUGCACUCCGCGAGUGCUUCCUUCUUUAUUUGUUACUACUGCAGAAUCUUCUGAUCUGUAAAUCUAUUGCGGAUAUAUAUAUCAAUAUAUAUUCGGGAGUGGUCACCACCUAUAUUUUUGUGCUAUAUAUUCGCCACGGGGGCGAAGACGAGACGGAUAAUGCAGCAGUCUGGUUUAAAUAUCCGGCCGACUACCGAUUCUGUUUUUCUUUGUCCCCUUAGUUUCCUUCAUGGAAUGUGAAGUCGCACACUUUCCUGGCUUUUUGUGACGGUUGAAAUGAGAUGAGCCCUUGAUUUCAGCGUCCUCUGAGAUAUCGCACUUCUGAACUCAGUCGUCUGUCUGACUUGUUUGAUUGUGCUGAUGUGUUUGUAGUAGGACUUGAGACCUCAACUUGGAACUUUACAAUUGGAUGCCCAGUGGACUUCACUGUGGGGUUUUUUUUUUUUCCAACUGUGCAUUUCAAGAAACACAAGCCUUAUUAUUUCAGCCUGGUUUUCUUUGUUCACUUGUGGUUGUUUCCCAUCAACAAUAAAAUUGGCAGGUUUAUUCCGAGGUUGCAACCACAGUACCCCCCCCCCCCCCCCCUCCCAAAUUGGCCAGUCAACAUGUUCAUUUGUGGUCUUUUCUUUAAUGAGUGCCAAAGUCAGCAUUUAAUUUAUUUCUUUUACUUUAAGAUGCUGCCAGGAGGACAUUUUGUUGGCAGUUCUGUUCUUCCACACUCAUUUUGACAGUUUGGAGUGAUUGUUGUUGUGUGUGUUGUUGUGUCAUCGUGGUUUUAGUUGUUGAGUUUUCACAAGGAAUCUGAUACAGUGCCUACCAAAAAACAAACCUUUUUGGGGAUCUCACCUUCUACAGCCACUUAUCCCACUUUCAAAUGGUAUUUUAUCACCGCCACAAGCUUUUCCCAAUGACUGCAAUAAGAUUGAUUGGAAGGAGCCCCCACCCCCUUGCCGGACACUCAAAUUAUUCCCUGUUUGAGAAUAAUAAAAAAAAGAAGUAAAAAAGAAAAGAAAUUAUGGUUUAAAAAAAUAGAUAUACCCAACUAAACAAAGUGUUUUGUACAGAAAUAUAUUUUUGUGAUGAGAAUAUUUGUAAAAUGUAAUGACUCUAUUAUGUAAAUUUUCAAUGCAACGUAAGAUUAAAAAAAAAGGCGACUUGCUUUUGUAAUUAACAUGA